GUACAAUUUGGGGGAAAUUCACUGAACAAUACUGAGAAUCUUCCAUAAUUGCAGAGCAAAACAAUCGUUUCAUUUCUCAAAUUUCUGCUACCAAAAAUGGAAUCUGAAGAAGAUGAAAGCACCCAUCAAAACUCAAAACGGAGCAAACCCAUUAACCAGUCUCAAUUUCCAUCAACUUCGAUGCAAGAUUCAACCUUUACAACCCCCAAUUUACCCGAAGAACUCAUCACUGAAAUCCUCAAAAGGGUUCCAGUGAAAUCCCUUUUGCAGUUCAGGUGUGUUUCGAAGUCUUGGCUUGGUAUAAUCUCUAGCUCAGAUUUUGUUAAAACCCAUCUUAGUUUGUCUGCUAAUGACAAGGAAUACAAACACCAUAGGCUUAUGUUGAGUUUUGUUCAACCUGAAUACAAUCUUAAGGACUGUUCUCUUGGUUCUUUGUUAUAUGGGUCUGUUACUGAGGCGUUUGAUUUGGAUUACCCUAUGAAAAAUCCAGUUAAAUCUGUUUGGAUUGUGGGUUCUGUUAAUGGGUUGAUUUGUGUUGCUAUUGAGGAAAAUGAUUUGUUUAUAUGGAACCCGUCGAUUAGGAAGUUCAAGAGAUUGCCGGAUUCUAGGCCGACAUUGAGGUGUGGUUACUAUUUUAUGUAUGGUUUUGGAUAUGACGAGGUUCAUGAUGAUUAUAAGGUAGUGGGUAUUUUCUGUAUUUUUGGUGCUGGUGGUUCGUAUGAUGUUGAGGUGAAGAUAUAUGGUUUAAAGAGUGAUUCUUGGAGAAACGUUGAUGAUUUUCAGGGUGGGGUGUUGUUGAAUGAUUCGGGUAAGUUUGUGAAGGGGAAGCUUCAUUGGGCUACUACUGCUCGUCUUGGUGAGUAUAAUGGCUGGGAUAUAAUUUCUAUUGAUUUGAAGGAUGAGAAAUGGGGAAAGAUAGAGCAGCCCUGCUAUGAAAAAGGGAAUUUUGAUUUUGUGUUGGGAGUGUUGGAAGAUAAUCUUUCUGUGCUUUGUAAUUAUAACAAAACUCGGGCAGACGUGUGGGUCAUGAAGGAUUACGGGGUUAAAGAUUCUUGGGAAAAAAUGUAUACCAUCAGUUGUCCUAAUGACCCUGGGAAGUAUAUGUUCUCUCCACCCCUUUGCAUGUCAAAAAAAGGUGAAAUUUUGCUCGUGUUUGGGUCAAUUUUCAUGAUAUACAAUCCCAGUGAUGAUUCAAUCAGAUAUCCGGAGGUGACCAACUUUGAUGCCUGUCUUGAGGCGGAAAUCUACACUGAAAGCCUAAUAUCUCCCAUUUUACAAAAUGAGCCAAUUCCACAACAACAAUGAAGGCUGCAAAAGCUCAGAUGAAUGACAAUCCCGACUUAUGACAUGAAGUGAAAAAGCUAUGUAUGGAACAACCAAACAACUAAUCCACCACCUGUAACUGCAUGGAGCGCAAUGAAGAAACGCGGGCUUUCCCUGUUUUUACAGUUCAUUUGUGAUGUACUAAUGUUAUUACUGUGUGCAAUGUAAAGAGCGAGACUUACCUACAUCUACUAAUUGUAUCUCACAUUGUUGGUAGUUUUUAGCUUCUCCUUCCGUUGAACGUCUGUUGUAUGUAUAUUGAUCUGUAUUAGAAGAUGAUAUGUAAUGUUCAUCUUCCUAAGAUUCGUAUUUUACUCCAAUUUUUAGUUAUCUUGC